AUGUAUAACAAAGGGAAGAGUGCCAAUUCAUCUAUCUUCUAUAUGCCAUAUGUAACUCUCUUUUUUUGGGUUGGGUCUAACAUGUGUAACUGUUGAUUGUCAUUUCACCUUGAAUUAGUUAAUGACCUUAGCACCAUAUUGCAGGUCCACAAAGUUGCAGCUAAUGACGUUGAAGCACUCAAAUCUCCACUCAUGAGAUUAUUUGAGAAGCGCGGUGUUAGCAAAUUUUUCAAUAUUGUGCAAUAUGAUGAUGAGAAUGAAGAUUAGAGACAGCAAGAUAUGGAUUUACUAUUCAAGAUAUGCAUUUGUUAUGAUUAUCAAAGGGGAAGAUUGCUGCAUUAGUAGUCGAUCUGUUGGCAUGGCUAUAAUAAUAUGAUUCUCUGAUGGCUAGUUUAUAUUUUUUGAAGCUUUGCUUAGAAAAGUUAACCAUUGCAAUUCCCUUUGUGGUAAAUAAAUGGAUUUGUUUGCAACGUGAUAUAUGUGAAACAUAGUAUAUAUAGGUGGUGGAAAUUGCCUUUGUAUUGUGUUCUGUGAAAGAUGUUGACAAGACUUUCUUGAACCCACAAUUAAAAUGUUGACAAGUAUCCUUGUAUUGCAUAUUUCAAGCUCAAUCUUUUUUAAAAGAUGCAGGGAUACAUACCAAAUCUCAGUUUUGUUCCUAAACAUUGAAAUAUAUAGAAAAUUUCAGAAAUGGAAACACUUCACAACUCAAAGUAGUUCAGCUCUUAUUUUAUUUAAAACUCAUUUCAUAUAUAUUAUGUAUCUCUAUAUCAGUUCAGCCUUAUUCUAAAUUGUGUAGGUUAUAUACUCUUAUUCUCAUUUUGCACCUAUGAUCAAUGAUUUGCUUCUUUGAAUUGAGAAGAGGUUGAUGUGGAAUGAAUGAGUUUGCUUAUAAACUAGAUUAAACUAGGAAGAAGUUUGUUUAUAAACUUAAUCGUUCGGCUUUCAUCCAUUUAAUGAAUGAGUUGUUGCACAACUGGAUGAGUGUGUAGGGUCUUGGUGUCUGAUAAAGAAACAUGCCAUUUGCACCUUUAAACUUGAAUGAUUGCAAUGUUCUGACUAUGGAUUGAAUAUGAUAGGUGUUGAGUUGUUUGCCAUUUGAGACUUACGCAUGUAACUUGGAAUUCAAUUCACCUGUAAGUAAAGGAAAAAUAUUUGUGGUCUCUUGGUGAUAACAAACUUACAUGCAUUCACUUUGGAUAUUUUAUUUUCAGGAUUACAAUGAUGAAAUUGGAGGUUGGAAAGCAAUGUUGGUUAACUGUCACAAGUACUGCAGUUCAACUACUUUCAUUUUCCUUUUUCUAUAGUUUUAUCAUUUUAUUAGUGCAAUGUUGUAUCUUUAUAAUCAUGCCUCAAAUUUCUGAUGCUUAAGUUUGUUUCGUUUCAAGUAACAAAAUGUAAUCUAGUUGCCAAUUCCUUACAGGUGUGGAAGGAUGUAAUCUAUAUGUUCCAUUCCAUCGAGCUCCAAUUUUUUUGGAGUUCUGUUAAGAAGUUUAUUCUUCAUGAAACAAAAACAUGAUCUGAAUAAUUUUCUAUUCUUCUUGCAGGUCUUGCAUCCACAGUCCAUGAGACUGGCUAGAGAAGAUGAUAUUCCUGUGAGGGUUAAAAAAAUUUACAACCCUAAAGCUCCAGGUACAGUCAUCACCCAUGCAAGAGAUACGAGCAAGCUUUGUUACAGUACAUGGAAAACUGAACUUCAUUGUUAUAUUUGUGCUCCAGGAUCUAGACUGUAUUUAUUUAUCUAUGUCUUAACUGCAGGCUGUACUAACUAGCAUCAUAUUGAAAAGGAAUGUGACCAUGUUGGAUAUUGUUAGCACUUGCAUGCUUGGUCGAUAUGGUUUUCUUGCUGUGGUACUUACAACUUUUGAAGAUUUUGGGAUAUGGGUGGAUGUCUUGCUACUAUUGAAGUCACUAUUGGAACUUGACCAUGUUGUGGAAGAACUGGAGAAAAUUGCUGUUGUCAAUCUUCUUCAGCACCGAUCAAUAAUAUCUCUCAUUGGAAAUGUGCAGAAAUCAUCACUAAUAUUAGAGAAGGUGUCACUAAUAUUAGAGAAGGUGUUGUACUGUGUUUUGCCAAGUACUUAGAAAGCAUUCCCUAUUUUCUUUUGUUCUCUGGUUGAUGAUAAGUGUUGUUCAAUUGAUCAAACAAGUUUAUCAGCUAUAUAUGUAUUUGAAUAUGGUAUUCAUGUCUUGGUGCAUUUUAUAUAAAAUUUAUUA